UCUGUCUAUAUCUGACAAUUUGGAUGCGAGCAUUCCGUAGGCAGGAGAAUUUUGACAAAACCAAAUUCAGGGCACGUCGACGAGUUUCUGGAUCAGCGGAUAGAACUGUAUUCUUGUCUGCUAACUGGAUAACAAUUCCGUAGCGCCGAUAGUGUCGGGGAUGCUGUGCUUGGCCGAUACAUUGAGAAUGCGUUCUACAUUAGGCCAAGCGAAAGUCUCCUUUAUGAGGCUCUGCGAUCAUUUACGCUUCACCAGACUGCGAGAGGGGAAGACUAGCAUGGCACAUGCGAUCGGGAGGAGCGUGCGGCAUCAGGCGUUGCAACGAUCAAUUCUGAAUUGGGCGGGGGAGGAUGGGAUUGCGGGCGGCGUUUGGAGCAAUGUGACGAAGGGGCUUUUGUCUUCACAACCUUGUGGGGAGUUGAAUGGCCAGAAAGAUUGUGGGCGAAGCAACUCUCCCCUGGGUUUGGGCCGGGGUAGCUUACCAUGGGCGUGGAAUCAUGAGAGAGUGCGGAGUUUCCAUACGCGGAACCUGUCGCAACUUGUGGCGUCCAAGGGUAGCAGGAGGCUGUUUCUCGUGGAUACUCUAGCCCUGGUGAAAAGAUUAGAAUCGCAGGGGUUGACGUCGGCACAGGCGGAGGCUAUUACGGCGGUUAUUACAGAGGUUUUGAACGAUAGCUUAGAGAACGUGGGUCAGACAUUCACCUCCAAACAUGAAAUGCAGCGGAGCGAAAUGAUGGCAGAAGCCGCUCUGUCUAAAUUCAAAGCGCAGGUGCAAAGUUCACAGGAGCACCACUUCUCAAUGCUGCAGCAGGAGCUGGAGCGACUCCGCACUGAUAUUGACAAGAUGCGCAAUGAAUCAAAGUAUGCGAUUGACAAAGUCACCUCAGGUCAACGGUUGGACCUAAAUUUAGAAAGGGGGCGGAUUCGAGAUGAACUUGCUGCUCAAGCUACAGAAACAUCCGAGUUGACUAACAAGCUUGAUAGGGAGAUUCAUGCCCUGAAGACACAGCUUGAGGCAGCCAAGUUUGAUGUGAUCAAGUAUUGCAUAGGUACUAUAGUGUCACUCACUGCUGUGGGUCUCGGUAUGCUACGCCUUAUCAUGUGACAUUUGCACCACCCUUCUUCCUCAGAGGUUACAGCUCCAUCAACGAUUGGUUGUAUAUUUCAUACAUGCAAGUCACUGGAAUUCAAUCGACGACUGAAACCUUAUUCCCUUGUUUGAAUAUUCCGCUUACGCCUUCUUUCCAUUUUAGAAGUCAGGUCUGACUCCCGCUUGAAAGAGAGCCCUUAUUUACGUCCGCCAGCUACUUGAGAACGAUUAUCAAGUUGUGAAUCUUUCGUGUCCAAGGAAUCAUUCUUGAAUGUGCUUUUUCCGUCUCUGUUGAUAGCAUGUUCCCAUCACUCUAGAAGGAAUGGGAUUCGGCACAGCUGGUAGACCAGGUUUAUCAUCACGGAUUCAUUGAUCUCCGUGUAACGAAUCUCUAAAUCGUGCCGACACUCUGUGUACCUCGCAAAUUCCAAAAAUUGAAUUAAAUGUGAUCCGUACUUUGAGAAACA